AUGUCGGUGUUAGAAGAAAGCCGGCCGUUUGCUCAACAGCUCUCGAAUGUCUAUUUUACGAUACUCUCCCUUUUCUGUUUUAAACUUUUUGUGAAAAUCAGCCUUGCCAUCCUUAGUCAUUUCUACAUCGUGAAAGGUAACCGAAAGGAGGCCGCGAGGAUAGCAGCUGAAUUUUAUGGAGUAACCCAAGGACAAGGCUCGUGGGCAGAUCGAUCACCACUGCAUGAAGCCGCAAGUCAAGGUCGCCUUCUUGCUCUGAGGACAUUAUUAUCACAAGGUUAUAAUGUAAAUGCAGUAACCAUAGAUCAUGUCACCCCACUCCAUGAGGCCUGCCUGGGUGAUCACGUGGCAUGUGCAAGGACUCUUCUGGAAGCUGGAGCUAAUGCAAAUGCGAUCACAAUAGAUGGUGUGACUCCCUUAUUCAACGCAUGCUCACAAGGCAGCACAAGCUGCACGGAACUUCUUUUGGAAUAUGGCGCCAAAGCCCAGCUGGAGUCCUGUUUCCCAUCUCCAACACAUGAGGCUGCGAGUAAAGGUCACCAUGAAUGUCUGGACAUCUUGAUAUCCUGGGGCGUAGAUGUUGACCAAGAUAUUCCUCACUUGGGAACUCCUCUUUAUGUAGCUUGUAUGUCCCAACAGUUUCAUUGCAUCUGGAAGCUUCUUUACGCUGGUGCUGAUGUACACAAAGGCAAGUAUUGGGACACUCCAUUACAUGCUGCUGCUCAGCAACCCAGUACUGAAAUUGUGAACUUAUUGCUAGAAUUUGGAGCAGACAUCAAUGCCAAGAACACAGAACUUUUACGGCCCAUUGAUAUGGCUAUAUCCAACAGUGCUGUAGAAAGAGUACUUCUUCAACAUGAAGCGACCCCAAGUUCUCUUUGUCAACUCUGCCGACUACACAUCCGAAACUACAUAGGAAGACAGCGGUUCCAUCUCAUCCCCCAGCUCCAGUUACCAACAUUGCUGCAGAAUUUCUUACAGUAUCGAUAACACAGUAAAGAGUUUUGCAUUCUUUGAAAAUCAAACAUUUCUAUUUCAUUUUCUUUUUAAAGUAUAGAAUGAUAUGGGUGAAGAUGAAUACAGUUCACCUGGGGAAGCAGUAAAAUGUUAACCGACUUCCAUUUGAAGAAUACUCACUAGUACUCUAUGAAUUUUUAUGGUCUUUUGGAUUAUAAUAUGUUUAAAAUAGCUAUACUAUCUUAGCAAUCUCAGUGUACCGUCUUGAUUUAGGGGAAAGUGAGAAUUUAUCCAUUUUAUGUUUUUUAUUGUAGAGCAGAAGAGAAAAUUGCAUACUUUUACUAAAUUUUUAAUUCAACUGUAAAUUUCAUACUAUGUUACAUUUUGAAGGAUCUGUAUUCUUCAGAUAAUGGAUUAACUAUAAUUUUAGCUACUGCCAUUGGUUAUCUCUGUGUUUUUAAUAUUGACAAAAAAAUUUUUAGAGCAGCAAAUAUGCUUUUUGAAAUAAAGAUGAAUUAUACACUUGC